AGUGAGUAUUUCUUCCAUUUCACCAUUUCAGUGGUGAUAUGCUGUGUAAAAAAAGAGAGAGAGAGAGAGAGAGAGACAAAAGAUAGCAUAUGCUGUAUAAAUGUUAACAAUAAAUGCUAAUUUUUCCUUCAUUCCAUGCUGCGUUUUGUCAAAUAUUCUGCUGUGCUACAUUAUUAUCACCACUCUUCAUGUCCUGUAUAUGGCAGCAUUAAUAUCCAGUGUAUUUGUGUCCCCGGUUUCUUUUGGCAUCAGUCUUUAGAAUCUAAACCAGUGGGAACAGUGUCCUAGGAGGCUUAGGAAAUGUCUUCUAGUUUAAAAAUCACAGGUUUUCCAUCAAUGUGAUUGCUGGCACCUCCAGCAUGACUUGAUGCAGGGGCAGCUUUUUUAGAGCCACUAGUCAUAGAUGCCCUCUUCCUUGCAUCUCAAGCGUAACAAAGGCAUCUGGAUGCCGGUUCCGAGUAGGUUAUGUCACGCUGUGAUACUAUUGGACUUCUUUUCUUUUUGUCCUAAAGGUGUCAGAACCGUUUUGGAUUAACUUCAGAGCAUACAGCUCUUGCAAUUGCAUUCUCACUUACCUCUGUCUGUGAUGGAAACCUUUUUUGAUGGCCCCCGCUGUGUUGGAAGCCAUCUUGCUCCUCACAAACACAGGCUGGAUCAAUGGAAUUAGCCUGGCUUAGUUUGGAGACAUAGGAAACAAUGUUCUGGGGAGCAGCUAUGUGAGUGGAGCACUUGCUGGCUAAUUCUUAGACUAAACUUUGGCCGUAGUUGUGCUAAAGAACUUCUCACUAGCACUGGAUCACUCUGGAUUUCUGAUUGUCUAAACAUGGAACCAGAUUAAUAUAGUGGUUUGAGCAUUGGACAGCAACUCUGGAGAUCAGGGUUGAAUUCCUGCUUCGCCAUGAGACCCACUGGGUGACCUUGGGCAAGUCCCACUCAGGCUUGGAGGAAGGCAGUGGAAGACUUCUUCUGAACAGAUUUUACCAAGAAACGCCAAUUAUACAUUCCCCUUAGGAUUGCCAUAGGUCAGAGGCAACUUUAAGGCACACAUUAACAAAGUGUGGAUGCUCUUGGAUAUAUCAAGUCAACCUUCUUGAUCAUGGAAGAUUUUACAUGUGUCUGUGUUUGAACAGUUCCUUACAAUAGUAAUUGAUCUUUAUGCAAAGAUGCCAGAAAUCAUCCUAAAUACUUAUUGACUCUAGUGCUCGCCAUAAUACAAUAUAUUAUCUAAGCUAUAUAAUCAUACGUAUAUAGAUGUAUGUAUGUAUUGCAUACAACUUCACCACCGUUAUGUGAUGGCUUUGACCUCUUGUCCACUGUUCUGGGAACAGAUGACAGCAUAAUAUUGGUGUCAGAUCACAUUUUUGUUUUCAAGCAGGGCUAUCACAAAGCUUUUUCUGUCACCACUAUGUUGGUUGGCCACAUAUACUCUGGUAGAAGAUUUCUGAUCUCCUCUGACAAAGCAAAUAAGGUGUGCUACAGUAUAAAGUCUCCCCUCUCCCAGUGUGUCUUUAUUUGCCUUCCAUAUCUCACUCUGUCACAGUCAGGUUAGAUGCCCAGAAAUUUCCAGAUUAAGACAUAUAGGUCUUAAGACAUAUGAGAUAGACCCAUAUAGGUAGGCCCAUACAUAGUUCAGUGGGAAAGCAGAAUUUUUUUUACAUAGUCUGGGCAAAUUUAAGGGGGAAAUUUGUUCCAAGUUGUGGAGAACUAUUGCUCUCCCCACUGGGAUAGGUGAGCCCCAGUCUAUGUUCUUUUGUGAUAGCUUCAAACAUGGAUCUCUCAAGCAUAGCUCCAGCUACAAAGUGGCCUUCCUCGGUGUUACUAGCUCCCCCUUCUAUGCCCUCAUACUGAAGAAAGGGUACAAUAAAUACAUGUUUGUGGUAUGGUAGCAUAAGUAGUUGAUAACUUCCAAUUCAUGGUACCAAAAUGUGAUCAAGAACUCAUGGACCCAAAGGAAAUGCAUACUUACCAGGCUAAUGAAACAUUUUAAGAUGUAAGAUGGGCUAAUAGAACCCAUUCUUCAGCUUCUGCAUUGGUUCAAGAUGCACUUGAGAAAUAAUAAGUGCUCUUCAAAAAUGUAACUGAGCUAGUCUGUUCCAGCAUAAAAUGACACAAAGGACUCCUGUAGCAUCCUUGAGACUAACGGAGCAAAAGAAAUUUCUAAGCUUUUGUGGACCCCAGUCCACUUUCAUUAAUAAGUGUCUGUGAUUAUACAGGUGACCCAUUCCUUUGAAAUGAGUAACAAGAACCAGGCUAUGAGCAUCAGUAAGGCCAUCAACACCCUGGAAGCGCCAGUGAAAGAGAAGCAUGCCCGCAGAAUUAUUCUAGGGACUCAUCAUGAGAAAGGAGCAUUUACCUUUUGGUCCUACGCCAUCGGUCUCCCCUUACCCAGCAGUGCCAUCCUGAGCUGGAAGUUCUGCCACGUUCUCCACAAAGUCCUCCGGGAUGGGCAUCCGAAUGUACUUCAAGACUGUCAGCGGUAUCGAAGCAACAUCCGAGAAACCGGGGACCUCUGGGGCCACCUGCAUGAUCGUUACGGACAGCUUGUAAAUAUUUAUACCAAACUUUUGCUAACCAAAAUCUCCUUCCAUCUCAAGCACCCUGAAUUCCCCCCAGGCUUAGAAGUGACGGACGAGGUGUUAGAAAAAACGGCUGGAACAGAUGUGAAUAACAUCUUUCAGCUCACUGUUGAAAUAUUUGACUACAUGGAUUGUGAACUCAAGCUGUCCGAAUCAGUAUUCAGGCAGCUUAAUACCUCUAUGGCUGUCUCUCAGAUGUCAGCAGUUCAGUGCCGGCUGGCUCCCCUCAUCCAAGUGAUCCAGGACUGCAGUCACCUCUACCAUUACGCUGUGAAGCUGAUGUUCAAGCUGCACUCAUGUUUGCCAGCGGAUACGCUGCAAGGCCAUCGGGACCGGUUCCAUGAGCAGUUCCGCAGCCUGAAAAGCUUUUUCAAAAGAGCUUCGGACAUGUUGUAUUUCAAGCGGCUUAUCCAGAUCCCACGGCUGCCUGAGAGCCCCCCUAAUUUUCUACGGGCAUCAGCUCUGGCUGAGCACGUGAAGCCUGUCGUGGUCAUCCCAGAGGAAGCGCCGGAAGAUGAAGAACCAGAGAACCUGAUUGAAAUCAGCACUGCCCCUACUGUGGAGCAACCGGUUGUGUCUGAUAUAUUUGAGCAGACCUUUGGCCCUCCCAACGGUAUAAGAGAUGACAGGGAUCUCCAAAUUGAAAACCUGAAGAAAGAGAUCGAUCUGCUGCGAGGAGAGCUAGAAAAGAUUAAGCUAGAGGCUCAAAGAUACAUCACACAGUUGAAGGCUCAGAUUAACAGCCUGGAGGCAGAAGUGGAAGAGCAGCGCAAACAGAAGCAGAAGGCUCUGGUAGACAAUGAGCAGCUCCGGGACGAGUUGGAAAGGCUGCAGAAGGCCAAGCUCGAGGGAGACAAGAGCCGAGGACUUGUUUUGGAAGCAGAAAAGAAGGCCAGUGCCACCGAAAUCCGCUACAUAAAGCUGAAAGAGAAGCACAACGAGCUGAUCAACACACACGCCGAACUUCUGAGAAAGAAUGCAGAUACUGCCAAGCAGCUGACCGUCACCCAACAGAGCCAAGAACAAGUGGCCAGGGUCAAGGAGCAGCUGGCCUUCCAGAUGGAGCAAGCAAAGCGGGAGUCUGAAAUGAAGUUAGAAGACCAGACAUUGCAGAUGGAGCAGGUGAAAAGAGAACUGGAAUCCAAGAGGGAGGAAUUGACUCAGCUUCAGGAGUCAUUGAGCCGUUCGAAGCAGGUUGGCAGUGACCUUAACAGCCAGCUGGAUGCCCUCCAAUCUGAGAAGGACACCUUGAGGAAGCUGGUCAGCGAGAAGGACUGUGAGCUCAUCUCCGCCAAGGGCCUGAUCGAAGAGAAGGAGCUGCUGUUGAGCCAGGAAGCUGAGAAGAGGGCAAAGGAAGUCCAGGAACUGCAGGGGAAGCUCACUGAAAAGAAAAGCCAAGAGCAGAACCUGCAGCAGAAGCUCCUGGAUGACCAGUUCAGCUUCUUGCAGGGGACCGUGAAGGAGGCGGAGGGCAUCAUUCGAGAUGCAGUAGCCAAGCUGGACGAUCCUUUGCACAUCCGAUGCACCAGUUCUCCAGAUUACCUCAUCAGUCGUGCGCAGGCAGCUCUGGAAUCGGUGAACGCCUUGGAGAGGGGGCAUGGGCAGUACCUGUCCAACAUGGCAGAUGCCACUGGACUGGUUGCUGCCUUGGCCCAGUUUUCCCACCUGACUGCAGACACCAUUGUGAACGGCAGUGCGACUUCCCAUCUGGCGCCCACAGACCAUGCUGACAAACUGACUGAAACGUGCAGGGACUGUGGGCAGCGGAGUCUGGACUAUCUGAAGAAGCUCAAAGACAAGCAGUCUCUUCAACAUGCAGAUCCAGAGGAUGUCAGAAGAAUGCUGCAGGGCCUUCUUCAGCUGGGACAGGAACUAAGGCCCAAAAGCUUAGACAUCCGGCAAGAGGAACUGGGCGACAUGGUCGAUAAAGAGAUGGCCUCCACUUCGGCUGCAAUUGAAGAUGCCGUCAGAAGGAUAGAGGAAAUGAUGAACCAGGCCAGAAUUGAGAGCUCUGGUGUUAAACUGGAAGUAAACGAAAGGAUCUUGAACUCUUGCACAGAUUUGAUGAAGGCCAUCAGGCUCCUUGUGAUGACCUCUACGAAUCUGCAGAAGGAGAUUGUGGAAAGUGGAAGGGGGGCAGCAACACCCCAGGAAUUUUAUGCCAAGAACUCCCGCUGGACGGAAGGACUCAUCUCCGCUUCCAAGGCGGUGGGAUGGGGAGCUACACAGCUUGUAGAGUCUGCUGACAAAGUGGUCCUGCAUACAGGAAAAUACGAAGAGCUGAUUGUCUGUUCACAUGAGAUUGCAGCCAGUACUGCUCAGCUUGUAGCCGCCUCCAAGGUGAAGGCCGAGAAACACAGCAAAAACCUGGGUAAGCUCCAAGAGUGCUCUCGCACUGUCAAUGAGAUGGCUGCCAAUGUUGUGGCUUCGACAAAGUCGGGACAGGAACAAGUUGAAGACAAAGACACUAUGGAUUUCUCGGGGAUGUCCUUGAUCAAGCUCAAAAAGGAAGAAAUGGAGACACAGGUGAAAGUCUUGGAGUUGGAAAAGACACUGGAGAACGAGCGCCUUCGCCUUGGCGAGUUGAGAAGGCAGCACUAUGCCUUGGCUGGCAUCUACAAUGAGAAUGCCGAGGGAGGAAAACCAAGCGCUGCCCGCAAGCCAGGCCUGAAGAAGCCUCCUGUGGCUCAGAAGCCAACCCAUGCCCUCAAGCCGGACCCUGAGCUGGUGCAGGAGGAUGGUGUGUUCCAGGCCCAUGUGGUCAACUUCUGAGGGGUGGCUUGCCAUUGACCAACCACUGAAGGAAGAGAGCAGGGGCAGCGGAGGUUGGCGCUGGGGGAGUCUGCGGCUGCCUGAGGUUUCCUGUUGCUCUAGGAGGCUCAGACAGUCUCACCUGCUGUUUCUGCUGGUACCCUACAACCUAGAUUUCUGGUGGAGGGCUAAGCUUUUGGAGGCACCUCUUUGCCUUUCGGGGGGUAGGGGCUGUCAGGAAGCCUCCUGAGUCUAGACAUUCCGAUAACUACUAAGUGUCUGUGUUUUAAACAGAAGCUGACAGGACAAAUCCCCGAGUUGCCUUGUGUCUGGCAUUGCCUUUUUAUCCCGAAAUCCCCGCCCUCACUACCCUAGUUGGGAAAACAUGGCAGCUUUAAGUUCUUCACCUUUGCCUGCUCUCUAGAUUUUUUUAGGACAGAUUUGCUUUCGUAAAGCAACGGUAGGCAGCCAGUUACCUCCAAGGAGAAUCCGAAAGGAAAUGAAAUGGAUUGAGAAACAAACUUUUCUUGGUUAUUUAUAAGCAAUAGGAAUCUUUGGGAAUGUUGUGGUUGUUGAGGGAGUAAAUUUGGUGCAUCAAUUACUGUACGAUGGAGAUCUUUUUAAGGAAAUGUGAAAUUUGUUUUGAAGUAGGCUCUUUGGAUUGCUCUUUGUAUUGUAUGUGGUGCAGAUGAGGAGAAAAACGUUCAGAAGGGUCAGAGUUUAGAUUGUCGAUCUUGUGUAUUAAAAGGGAACAGGAUUCAUACAUAGGAUAAAAUGCUACUGUUUUUUAAAGCCUUCAAAUCCUAAUUUAGGAGCAAAACUUAAAGGCAGCCACGUCGCUCAUGUCAGGUUUAAUGCUGAAAUAGCUGAAGCACCGUAUAUUUAAUUUGGGGAAGUGUGCGAAGCAGAGCUUUUAACUUAUUAGUGUAGAACCAUUGAAUUAAUGGGAAUCUGGGAACGCUCGUGGCAACACCAUUGACUCAGUGGGUCUACUCUAGCCGGGAAGCAGCAGUUGGAUCUAGGCCAUGGAUAAUAAUAGGAACUUACCAACCAAACCAUGACAUUUUAAGGAAAGAAUUUAGCUUAUUAUUAAAGUUAGUUACCUGAAACAUUGUUCAGUGUUUGUUUUGUUCACUACUUGUAGUUGAUAGUUCAAUCUAUGUAGCAAUUUUAGGUGAUUUGCUUCUGAGCAGAACAGAUACAGGAGUUGGAAGCAACGGAAAGGAGCCCAACAGAGCAAUCCAGAGUUGCAUUAAAUGCCCUUACCAAGUAGCUGGACUUUUCUUCUUUCUGGAUCAUGUGAAGUUCUCUGGCGGAGAACGUCUUUCAUUCCUGUUGAGUCUGUAGAGGAGACUGCUCCUGCAAAGGAACCGCAGCCGUCCCCGUUGGUGCUCCAAUCGUGCCUGCAACGAAUGAGACUCAACGCUGCCAAGCCCGCAGCCUGGCCUCCCGUUUGUGUUCUGCCGUUCAGACUACCACUACAGGAAAAUGUCAAACUGCUGAGUGUCUGUCUUGCUCUGUUUGUUACCUUUUUGAACAGCAAAAAAGUGGUUUCUGAUAUUCUUGUACAUAAGCAAUAAAAACAUCAAGUGGUGUGUGGGGUUUGGAA